UCCAAUCCCUAUCAUCAAUAAUAACAAAUCCAUAACAAGCGCUCUUCAACGGUCCUUUUUCCAUAAACGCCUUCACUCUCUCUGUCUCUCUCUCUCAACCUUUGGUCCUCUUUGUUGCAAAUCGAAAAUUCAAACCUUAAUUCUCGCGUUUUUUAGGUUAGCCUGCAUCUUCUGACGAAAUUUCACUCUUGCUAACAGAAAGAUACCUUGGAGAGGAAAAACUGUUCGUUUCAAUCUCUCUUUGUUCAGAACAACCACUUAAUCGAACUUGGAUGCUGCUGUCUUGAGAUAUCCUUAAAUUUCAAGGAAUUAUUCAUCAUGUCUACUCCAAAAAAUGAUCCACUUCUUCAAGUGGAAACAACGUGUGGAACCCUUCUAUACGAACUUCAGAUAAUCUGGGAUGAAGUCGGGGAGACAGACUCUGACAGGGAUAAAAUGCUGCUGGAGCUCGAACAAGAGUGCCUGGAAGUAUACAGAAGAAAGGUGGAUCAAGCAAAUCGCUGCAGAGCUCAGCUAAGACAGACAAUUGCCGAUUCUGAAGCCGAACUUGCUGCCAUCUGUUCGGCAAUGGGGGAGAGGCCAGUGCAUAUUAGGCAGUCUGAUCAAAACUCUGGAAGCUUGAAGGAGGAGCUCAGGAAAAUUCUUCCACAAUUGGAGGAGAUGACGAAAAGGAAGGUCGAAAGAAGAAAUCAGUUCAUAGAAGUUUUAGAACAAACACAAAAGAUCACAAAUGAGAUUUAUGGAUCCACAGAAUCAGUUUCUUUGAAAACAGUUGUAGAUGAAACUGACUUAUCCUUAAGGAAGCUUGAAGAAUUGCAUAGACAGCUCCAUGAACUUCAAAAAGAGAAGAGUGAUCGUCUGAAGCAGGUUCAGGACCACCUUCAUAUGUUGAACUCACUCUGCUCGGUUAUGGGUAUGGAUUUCAAGCUCACAGUUAGUGAGGUCCAUCCUAGUUUAGGAGACUCUGACGGAUUGAGGAGUAUUAGCAAUAAUACAAUUGAGAAGUUGGCUAUAGCAAUUAAAAAGUUACGGGAAGUUAAGAUACAGAGAAUGCAAAGGCUUCAAGAUCUUGCUACCACCAUGUUGGAGUUAUGGAAUCUAAUGGAUACACCUAUUGAGGAGCAGCAGAUGUUUCAGAAUGUUACCUGUAAUAUAGCUGCUUCAGAACAUGAAAUUACUGAACCCAACACUCUCUCUGUGGAUUUCAUCAACUAUGUUGAGGCAGAAGUUUCUCGGUUGGAAGAGUUAAAGUCAAGCAAAAUGAAAGAGCUUGUCCUCAAGAAGAGAUCAGAGCUAGAGGAUAUCUGUAGAAAAACACACCUGGUUCCAGAUUCAGACAGUGCGAUAGAAGAUGCCAUUGAAGCUAUUGAGUCUGGGGCUGUGGAUGCUGCUACCAUACUAGAACAAAUUGAACUUCAAAUUGCUAAGGUUAAAGAGGAAGCUUUUAGCAGGAAAGAAAUACUUGAAAAGGUGGAGAAAUGGUUGACGGCAUGUGAUGAGGAGUGUUGGCUGGAGGAAUAUAACAGGGAUGAAAACCGAUACAAUGCAGGAAAAGGUGCUCAUCUUACACUCAAGCGUGCUGAGAAAGCUCGAUCCUUGGUUAAUAAACUUCCAGGAAUGGUGGAGGCAUUGGCUUCAAAGACCCUGGCAUGGGAAAAGGAGAGAGAGAUCAAAUUUAUGUAUGAUGGUAUUCGUCUGCUUUCUAUGCUUGAAGAGUAUACUAUUUUACGACAAGAGAAAGAGCAGGAAAGGCGUAGAUUGCGGGACCAGAAGAAACUUCAGGGACAGCUAAUAGCGGAGCAAGAGGCGCUCUAUGGGUCAAAGCCAAGCCCAUCAAAGCCCCAGAGUGUAAAAAAGGGUCCUAGGUUUUCAACUGGAGGUGCAAGCAAUAGAAGAGUCUCCUUGGGAGGAGCAAUGCUUCCCAAUCAUAAACCUGAUUCACUUCACUCUGCAAAGGCUACUCCCCAAACACGUCCUAGUAAGAAAACUGAGCGAAUUUUUCAAAAUGACCUUCAAGAUGAUGCCCUUCCAGCUUACUCAGCUGUUAGGAGAGGCCUGGACAUUGCUGACAUUCCUGUGCGAAAGCACUCUUCCAGUGCUGUAAACGCUAAUGAACUAGAGUCACCAUUGGUUCGUAAGCCAUUCUCGCCCAUCUCUUCCACAGUAUCAUCAAAAGCCAAUAUGACAAACAUGCUAGAAGAUAAUGGUGACACUUUACAGAAAACGAUUCCGACUAAGGAUCUGUCAUACACUACUCCCUUGAAGACAACUUCUUUGGUUGACGAAGAGAAUACGACACCAAAGGCAAUGCCUAUUCCUGUGCCCUCCACACCUUCAACAGCGUCUAUUCCGAUGCAGACAGCCAUGACCCCAGCUCCGCCGAUACCUUUCAUUACCAAGCCAGCAGAAGAAAUGCCUGAAGAGAUUGAACAGUCCUUCGAGGAAAGAAGGCUUGCUUUUCUGCUUUCUAAAACACAAAUAACAUCACUGAUACAAGUAUGAUGUUUCAUAAAACCUUGGUUGGAACUGAAAAUCAAAUUGAUUUUAUUCGUUUCUGUUUCCUCUCCGGUUUGUAAUGGCACAAGUCAAUUAUAAUUGGCUGUUCUGCUGUGUAUGUAGUCUGCGAGCGUGAGCGUGGACGAAAAUGUUGCAACAGUUCUUCUGACUAAUGCGAGCUUUCAAAUUCCAGUAUGCUUGAACAUAUCAAUAUUCCCUCCCAAUCAAUGAUAAGGGUUUUCAUUUGGAAAA